UAAACAGUGUCUGUGUGGGUGCAUUACAGUAACAGACUUCCUAAGUCAGUGUAAAUCAUUGAGCAUUAUAGGCGAACAGCCUGUCCUGUCACGCGCACUUGGUUAUGAAAUCAGACCUCACAUUUUUCUUGACGUUCAUUUGCACUUUGAAAUUUGAUAUGCAACAUGCGUCUUAUUACUUGUUACGUGUUUGUCAGGUUACAGUUCGCUCUCGGUAUCCUCAACAGGACAGCAGUUCCUCCAUUGGUUUAUGUGACUGGGAAGUCGCAUGUUUGUGACCGCUCAGAAGUUACAUUGGCAUCAUGCUUUGCUUCAUAUGCCCGGCCUGCAGCAGAAGUGAUUUGGAGAUUUGGAGAUCACAUUCACACUCUGAGGACUGAAACCGACUACAUGGUUCACCCAGACGGAUCCUUUACUGUCGUGUCCCACUUGUUGGGUGCACCAUUGAAACAUUUAAACCAGGAGAGGAUCCAGUGUGUGGUAACACACAGCACUCUGACAAAGAAACACAAACAUGACUACACAAUAAAUGUGCAUUAUCCUCCGGAAUUGGUGACGAUAAUUCCUGAUGAUCCGAAACAGCCUGAAAAAUUUUCCUGUUUGGCUGAUAGUAACCCAAGACCGACCAGUUACACCUGGAUUAAACUGAAUGAAUCUAUUCCUCAUUCUGAAGCCAACACACUUUAUGUCUCAAAACUGUCCUCUGAUUUCAAUGGCGUAUAUAUCUGUAAGGUAUCAAACCAGUAUGGAAGUGCUUCAGGUGUUAUCUAUGUAAAUAACCAAACUGGCUUCAGGUACCAGACAACCCAUUCGCAAAAGAAGCAGAGGAUAAUGAACUUCAGUGAAUUUGGAUUCUGCAGGAUCGGAUUAAAAAGCAUUGCUGUUACUGUACCCAAAUAUUCAAUAUUGUCAGUCAGCUGCCUUCCUUUCAUGUUAGCUAGCUAUGUGUUUCAUUGUAGCAAGUUAAAGAAAGAUUAUAUUUUGUUAUUUAGGAGCUAAUGUUACUGCUUUAUGUAAAACUUUAAUACAGAAUACAAACUCAUCCUCAAGACAAGACAUGAACUGUAACCAGUGGACAGGUUAUGGCAAGUUUGUUUAUUUUAUACUCAAAGGGGAAUUUAAAAAAUUCUAGUUGGUGACAUGAACACUGACAUCUCAUUGUUUUGAGUGAAGUUUGUAAUGGACUUUGUAAAUGACUCAAAGCUUUAAUUAAGCAAUAUCGCUCGAGUAGG